AUGGGCGACGGCGACCACAAGGAGGGGCUGAAGGCGGGGGGAGGAAUGGCGGGGCCGGCGGCGUCGUGGCGGCUCAACGUCAGCGAUUUCCAGAUGCCGGAGCGCCCCAAGGAGCCGCCCUUCGUCACCAGGGUCUUCCUCCGCAGCCACGUUCGAUCGGCAGAUCAAAUGGCGCUAGUUAUUGUCCCGGGUUAG